CGUUUGCGCACCGCAUAUAAACCCACGUCCCUCCCAGACACAAGCUGCUGCUGCUGCUCAGUCUCUGUGCAGCUGUUUGGCUUCAUUCAUUCAGGCGGGGAGAAGUUCGUAUUCAUCUUAGCCCUGAAUGUUUCACUUACGAUUUUUUGCACAACUGCAGCACUAUAAUUCCGUUUCUUUAUAACCGUCGCCCGUACUGAGCGCGUAAACGUCUGAGAGACUGGAUCCACAGCUGGAAACCUGUUUACGCAUGAGUUAAAGCCAGCAGCUUUACGCGUGGAUCACAUCUCCUCCUGUGCAGCGGCAGGAUGAAGGUAACAUUCGGCUGUCUGGUGGUAACAGCCGGCAUCUGCGGCGUUUUGAGCUUCGCUUUUUUGGCGACUUCCAUCGGAACCGAUUACUGGUACAUCAUAGAGAUGAAUCCAAUGAACGCGAGCGACUCCGAGGACAUGGGCUCCCACUCAGGACUGUGGCGCAUCUACGAAGGGGGGAAGAUGUACUCAGUUUCCACUGACUCUUUCACCGAGAACUACUCCAGAUACUCUGCGACUGAGCAGCGAAUGCUGAACAUGCACGUCGCCAUAGUGGUGCUGCUUCCCCUCAGCCUGGUUCUGCUGCUGUUUGGUGGCAUCUGUGGACUGGUCAGCUCUCUGGCUCGAAGCACGGUGCUCCUCACCGGCACAGCCUGCUACUUCUUCAUCUGCAGUCUGUGUACUCUGUGCGGUGCGAGUCUCUACAUCGUCUACUCGUACCAGGCCCUGGCUGAGACCGAGAGGCUGGUGGGGCAGGAGGGUCUGGCCUACAUUCGCACCUCCUUUGGCUGGUCUCUGGGUCUGGCCUGGCUCUCCUAUGGCUUGGAGCUCCUCACAGGAGUCCUGCUGCUAAUAGCUGCAGAAAAGGUCAAGCUGCGGCACAGCAGCCCCACUACGGCCUGAUAGUCCUCCACAGUGGACCCAUAAUGUUGAAGAAAGGUGCUGAACUGUGUGUGAGCUCCAGAGGAGGAACAGUCAGAUACGUGGUUCUGCCUUACAGGAAGGUACCACGGAGCAGCUGGACGUUCUUCAGGUGCCGAUGGGGUUGAAUUGAUACUGUGGACUGAUUUAACCCUCGUGUUGUCCUGCGGGUGAGAUUGACCCGUAUUAAAGUUCAAAUAAUGUUUUCACAGUGAAACUUCUGAUGUCCACAUUUUCAACAUUUUUGGGAAAUCUUUAACAUUUUUUGGUGGAAAACAAGAAAUGUUAAAAUAGUUCUUCAGAACAUUCACAAAAAAAGUUCUUUUUUUUGUGAAUGUUCUUAAAGAAAAUAUUAGAAGUUUUAUUGAUAUAUAUGUAAUCACUUUAGAUAUGUUUAGAAAUUUUUUUGAAGAUUUUUAAUCAGUUUUUUGAAAAUAUUUGGGGGAUUUUUUUUUAAAUAGAAACUUUUAAGGGAAACUUUUAAGGAAUUAUUGGAAGUUUCUUCCUGAAGGUUUUGUAAAUUUUCAGAAAUUUGGGGAUUUUUUUUGCUGAAUUUUUGGAUUUUUUUCAGACAAGGAAAAAAUAUUUUUUGGCGCCCGUAAAUGAAGACAACAGGAGGGUUAAAGGUAGCUUGAAGCCUGGCAUUCUGCUGAUUUGCAGCAGGUGAAGUGAGAAGGUUAAAAUUGACCAACUCCACCCUCUGGUGGUGUGAACUGAAAUUGCACCUGAUCAUGCUGAUUGUUUCCAUUCCAUCUGUGCCAAACGAAUAAGUAACAUGUAAAGAUAAUGCAAUGAUCAGUGAAAUUUACAACUUACAAUGUUUCACAUUAACACUGGCCAUAUUUUUAACCUGUAUUUGUAGCUUUGUCAGAAUUGUAUCAUGUGUUGUUGUGUAACAUUGUGUCAGUUACAUGUUUUUCUACAGGAACAUUUGUAAAUAAGAUGUGUUACAUGUACGUACAACUUCAAAAUGUGACAAUAUUUCACCAAUUUACUGUCUGAGUCCAGUGAUUUUUACCACUUUAUUCUCCAAGUCCUGUUCCUCGUGUUCCUUAAGUAUUGUGGAUAUUAAAAACUGUGUUUUCUCCUGGAAACAAAUUUGGUUCUCAUGUUGGGUCAGAGUUACUCAAAUGUAGAAAUUUGUACAUGCAGCUUUGGGGAGUAGCUGGUUACAUGUGAUGGCAUUACACAAUUAAUGUACAAACUAAAUGUAAAUGUAAUCAGUUGCUGACAAAAAUGAUGUAAAUAAAUUACAUUUGUGAUCACGAA